GCGCGGGGACGGAGACGAGAUUAGAGUAGGAGGGCCGGGAUGCUCCCGGAGCCGGAUCCCAAAGCGCGCCCCUCCCCCACACCCUCUUCCCACUCCCGGGCUCAGGCCGCUCCGCUCUGACCCCUCUGCUUUCCCACCCCCAGGCUUCACCCGAAUCAGCCUCAAGAUGUCUCCACAGUCUCCCUCCUUGGCCUCUCGGAUCCGCACGGAAGCCAUCCGGACCCCAGCGUUUGGACCAACGACAAAGAUCCCCACUCCCGUUCUGCAGGGCCGAGCAAAGGGCAUACAAACUCGGGUCACGAAAAGCCGGGAGAUGAGGGUAGUGGAGGUGCCACGGGUUCCCAGCCGGGGUUCUAGUGCAGGAAGAACAGAGAGACCAGCCGGGAAAAGGGCCCAGGAUCCUCCUGCUAGACACCUCAGCAAUGGCCUAGGACAAGAACCUGUAGCUGUAAUGUCCUUUAACCUCAGCAAGAUCAACAAAACCUCCUCUUCCUUUGAAUUUCGAACCUGGGAUCCAGAGGGAGUGAUUUUUCAUGGGGAUACUAAUACUGAGGAUGACUGGUUCAUGCUGGGACUUCGGGAUGGCAAACCUGAAAUCCAAUUGUUCAAUUCCUGGGCCCAGCUUACAGUAGGUGCUGGACCUCGGCUGGAUGAUGGGAGAUGGCACCAGAUGAAAGUGAAGAUUGAUGGGGACUCAGUACUGCUAUGGGUGAAUGGAGAAGAGAUACUGAGCCUGAGACAGGUCUCUGGGCCCCUGGACAACAAACCCCAGUCCAUCAUGAGGAUUGCAUUGGGAGGGUUGCUCUUCCCCACCUCCAACCUGCGGUUGCCGCUUGUCCCUGCCUUUGAUGGCUGCCUGCGCCGGGAUACCUGGCUGGGCCAACAGGCCCAGUUCUCAUCUUUUUCCUCUACUACCUUCAGAAGUUGUGAUGUGGAGUUGCAACCUGGGCUAUUCUUCUCUCCGGGGACCCAUGCUGAAUUCAGUCUCCAAGACAUUCCUCAGCCUAUUGUAGAGCCCUGGACCUUCUCUCUGGACCUGGAAUUUAAGUUGGCAGCAGGCUCAGGCCAUCUCCUAGCCCUUGGGGCACCAGAGAACCCUUCUUGGCUCAGUCUUCAUCUCCAAGAUCAAAAGGUAGUGCUGUCUUCUGGGGCAGGGCCAGGACUGGCUCUGCCUCUGGUUUUGGGACUCCUUCUUCAGUUGAAGCUGAAUAUGUCUAGAGUGGUUUUGAGCCAGGGGCUGAAGACAGAGGUCCUUGUUCUGCCUCCUUCAAGCCUUGGCCCCCUCCUCAACCUCUGGACCCAGCCUCAGGGCCGUCUCUUCCUGGGAGCUUUACCAGGUGAGGAAUCUUCUGCCUCCUUUUGCUUGGAUGGUCUUUGGGCACAAGGACAGAAACUGGACAUGGACAGGGCCCUGAGCAGAAGCCAGGACAUCUGGACUCACAGCUGCCCCCAGAUCCCAAGCAAUGGCACUGAUACCUCCCAUUAAACCCCCUAUGAAUGUAACAUGCUCAUUUAUUCCACAAACAUUACUGUGUACAGGUAAAGGACCAAAUACUGUGUUGAGCAUUGAGAUGUACUGACAAGCACAAACUGAUGUACUAAUAAGGCUAACAAAUAGGUGGAUGAUUGGAAAUUGAUAAAUGCCAUAAAAGAGCAGUCAGAAAGUUGUAAAAGUACCUGGUGUGAUGGUGCCCACCUGUAAUCCCAGCUACUCAGGAGGCUGAGGCAAGAGAUUCUUAAGUUUGA